AUACUUAUCUCUGAAAAAGUCGUCAAGUCGACUACUUUAAGAAAUUCUAAAAGAACUUAAAAAAAGUAAUUCAUAAGAUAUCUAAAAAGUUUGUUGACCCUUUUCUAUGACCUAAAAGCUAUCAAUUUGAAGACUUUUAGAAAAUCUUAAAUUAAUCUUUCGAAAGAUAGGUAAUAAGCUAUUCCAAAUGUCAGUGAGUUGUCUAAAAGGCGUCUUUUUGAUGUCUUUUAGAAAUUCUUAAAGAGCUCUCAAGAAAGAUAAGUAUUCAGAUGUCUAAAAGUCAGCCAGUGUUUAUUGGGAAGCAGCGCAUGCGCGAACAGCAGUUCCGACUGCAGCGCGAACCGAUCUACAAUGCAUUGAAUAGAGGUUAUAUAUUUUAAGUUUACUAAUAUCGCGAAUGAGAUGGCCAAAUAAAGGGUUUUGAAGAAAAUUCACAAGAUACAUUUGUUAAAAAUUUGAUUUUUUAAAACUGAAAUGUGGCCUGAUCCAACAGUACGCAAAAAACCAGUUUACUUAGGAGGAACACCCGCUAACAAAGCUUCUUUUCUCUUUGUUGGUAUUGGUACAGGAUUGAUUAUAGGAUGCUACUCUCUGUUAUCAUACACGCAAUAUUUUCAAAAACGGCAAGAAAAAUGUCUACAAGAAUCAAUUAAACAAGAAGAAAAUAAAGAUGCUAAGCUAAUGAUGAUGGAUCCUUUGAUAAAAUCCGCUGUUUCAAGGAAAUUAAAUGAACACAACAGAAUUCCAGAUAGAGUUACAGAAUAAAAGAAUUAUUAACAAUCAAGCAAUAAUGGAAGUCGACAAAGACAAAGCUACCAAAGUUAAUCUUCAAGGCAAGUUGCGCUUGAAGAGGAGCAUUAGCGACAGCAAAUUUUAAGUAUUUGUGUAUCAAGUUUGUCCUCCCUUUGGUGCAUAUGUCUUAAAUAAAAUAAAUAGGAUUUUAAUUCUGAUAAUUCAUCUGUAAUCUGUGAUUUAUUUUUAAGAAAACUCUGUUUUUACUAAUUUUAGUAUGACAUUCAAAUUGUACAUUUUUUUAGUUCUCAAAGUACAUCCAGUUCUAAUGCAAAAAGCAUUUCUAGUCUUAAUACCAAUGAUCAAGAGACUUGCGAUAAUGAACAAUCAUCUCAUAAAGAGAAUGUCUCUAGAUCACCGCAUGCUGAAGAUAGCCUUGCAGAUUUUAAAUCCCCUAAAGCAGGGAGUGCAAAUAGACCUAUUUUAAGUAAAUUCAAAAUAGAUAGUGAAAGAGUAAAAAAGAAAAUUCUCAAAUCCAAAAGUAAAUCUAAUGUGAAAUCAAGAAAGAGCACAUCUAAUAUAAAGCAACCGUCCAUAGAAUCUUCAUUUUUCAAAUCACAAACCUCUCAUCAAAAUGAAAUUAAAGAAUCAGUUCCUUGUCCACUUUGUUUACGUCCAUUUAAAGAUGAUCCUACUUGUACCAAUCAUAUGAAAACUUGUGCUGCUAAAAAUAAGGUUUCUGUGAAACAAUUACUGGAUGCAAAAAAAUUACAAGAUCGUCAAGCAGAGGAAAGAAAAGCUAUGGGUUUACUAGCAACACCUGUUUUACCAGAGAGAAAGAAAGCCUUUCGGAGUAAAAAAUAUGUAGGUUUGAUCGAUUGUUUUUUUAGUAACAUAUAUUUUUCAAAAGUGACUCAGUUCUGUUAUAUAACACUCCUUUCUUAUUAUCAAAUUGUAAAUUAUUAUAUACAUAAUAAUAAUGGAAAUAUUUAAAUAGUUUUUUAAUUAAAAAAUGUAAGUAUUAUUGUCAAUACUUUGUUUUUGAUCUUUGUUUAAAAAGCAAAAUAUUAAUCCUUUAUUAGAGCACUGAAGAUGAUCCACAACUCCAACUUGUGCUUGCAAUGUCAGAAUCUUUGUAUCAAGCAGAACAAAUGGUAGAAUUAGAACAGGCUGCACUGCUAGCUGGCAUUCCUUCAGAAUGUAUAAAAGACAUGAAUGAUGAAGAGCGCAAAACUACAUUACGGAACUUUGGUUUUACUACCAAUAAGCCAGCAACUGGGAUAGCUACAAAUAAAACGAAAAAAAAAAAGCUUCUUGGUCCGACAAUUUUACAAACGCGGUCGAAGGAGGACAAAGAUCGCGUAUUGACAGAGAGAAUAGCUUGCAUUCUGACAGGUGAUGACGCUUUUACUCAAGCUCAACAGAAGACUGAAAUAAUUUCAAGAGAUAAUGAGCCUACACGUUUGAGGAGUAAAAACCUUAAGGAAAUCGAAAAAUCGUCGGAUAAACUAUGGGAUAAAAGCAGGCUAACGAAAAAAUAUAAUGAUUUUUACGUUAAAGAUCUGAAAUCGCAUUUUUUACCAUCAGAUCAACAAGUGGAACCAGCACAAUCAGCUAGUUCCCAAAUUUUAGCUAUUGAUGAUGAUGCUGAGCGUAACGUUGAUUUAUCAAAUGUUUCAAUAGAAUAUGAACCCAUGAAUAUUGAUGUGAUCAUCAAUCAAAAAACAGAAAAGAAUAUUUCUAAUUUAUCGAAUGUUGGUGAAUCCGAGAAUAUGGAUCGCGAAUUUGAAUUUAUGAAGACUUUGAUCUCGAAAUGGAGAAAUACUUUAAAUGACAGUGCGGCAAGUGACUUAAUCAUUUUUGUAAAAAAUGACAAACAUAUCUAUGUCCAUAAAUUAAUUUUUCAUGUGCAAUGCUCAAAUAUUCUACUUCACAUUGAAACUAAUAACUCAGAAAAAAAUCCUCAUAUAAAGGAAAAAAUAUCUUGGAUUAAGUAUGAGCAGCUUUCAGCACUAGCAUUUUUAGAAUUUAUCUAUUGUGGAACUAUUCAUCAGCAUAACAACAUUUUUGAAAAUGACGAUUUAUUGUCAGAAGUGAGACAACUAGCAAGGUUGUAUCAAGUACCAGGACUGUUUACGUACUUAAGAUCAAAGCAGAAAGAAUUCAAAUCCAAAAGACUGGAACAAUCUAAAAGUGUACAUAGAGAUAUAACCAAUCAAUUAAAGGCAACAGAAAUCAAUGAAUCUAUAUCAAAGUUUCAUUCAGAUCCUUUACCUUUUUCAAAAAAUGAUGUAUUUGUCAAAAAAGUCAGUGACAGGCGAAUUACUGCAUCUCCUGAUUUAUUUGAAUCUGAAGAUGAACGAGAAAACGUUUAUUCAUGUAAAACUCAAGAAAAUAAUACUAAUUUAAAAAUAUUAGUGGAAUUAAUUGAUGCUGAUGAUGAAGAAAAUACUAACGAUGUAACAUCAAAUAUUCAAGAUAAGAACACUGAAAAUAUCAGUUCACAAAAAACUUCGGUCAAUCUAGGUGGAAUUACAAGUCCUCAAAGUGACAUAACAUUAUCUUAUUCACCUACAAGAGAUAUACAUGGUACUGUAACUCCAAAGAACAGGAGAUCACCGGACAUUCACAAUGAUAUCACUCCAGAAAGGAUGGAUUAUGAUGGUAAACAAAUUGCUGAAGCAGUGACCCCUAAAGCUGGUAGGUCACCAGAAAGGUUUUAUCGCCUUACUCCAAAAAAAGAACACGACGAUAAUGAUCAAAUUGCUGAAGCAGUGACUCCUAAAGCUGGGAGGUCACCAGAAAGGCACCAUGUCAUUACUCCAGAAGAAAGGUCGUAUGAUAAUGAACAAAUUGCUGAAGCAGUGACACCAAAAGCUAGGAGAUCACCAGAAACGAUUCAGAACUCUCCAUUAGAAAUGAAUGAUUUCAUAAAUAAUGAUAUAUCCAAAGUAAAAACACCAGAAUAUAAUACUUCAGCAAAGCUAAAUGAUUAUGUCACCCCAAAAAAGCGAGUGUAUGCGGAUACAGAUAUUGAAGAUAUUGCACCUACAGUAGCUUCACCAGAAAAUGAUAAUGAAUCAAUGUACACUGCACUAACACCCCCAAGGAAUAAUGAAACUGGUUGUCAACCAGAGAAACAGAACAUUAAGAAAUUAAAAACAGAUUUAAGUUUAUUCAUCGAUAAGGUUCGCAGAGCAAAUGCAAAAUCAGCAUUAGAUACUGAUUCUGAAACAGAUACUCCAAUAUUACGAGUUACACGAAAGAAUCCUUUUCUAAAACAACGUCAUGAUGAUUCUUAUGGAUAUUUACGAAAUGAUGGUCGUAAAAAUAAUGAUCAACGACGCGUAAUCAGUUUACUUGAACAGGACAUAUUAGAAGGGAAAAAUAAGGCACUGAAUGAAACGUCUCGGGAUUCAAGUAGUAGCAAUGCUUUGAAUAAUACUAAAUCGCAUGAUUUAUUAACAAGUGAAUUUCCAAGUAUGAACUUAAGUCCAGAUGUACAAGACGAUUUCAUUGAGGUUCAGAAAACAAAAAAUACAGUAUAUUCUCCCUCAGCAUCAAAAGAUGAAUCUUGUAGUUUUGCAAUACCUGAUAAAGAAAUUUCAAAAACUCAAGCUACAAAGAAUAAAAAAGAAUCAAGAAGUUCACCAAUUUCUGAUGAUGAGAUGCAGGAUAUCACUGUAAAUGAAAGUGAAAUGUCAAUGUAUUCUAGGUAUAAAAAACAUAACAAACACAAUAAUAGCAUAGCAAAAUACAGGGAAGAAUUAAACUUUAAGAACACAAAAGAAGCUGAUUUAAGAAAGAGUUCAAAGAUAUCCAAAAAUCCAAUUCAGUCACCGUUGACCUCGAAACCAAAUGUUGAGAUUGAAGACGUAACAUUAGUUUCCGAUUCUGAUGAAGAACAAUCUAAUAAUAGUACUUUGGAUAAAAAAGAACAUCUUAAUCAAGAAGAUCUUACAUCCAAAUCACAAAUCACAAAUGCAGAUGACACAAAAUUCCCACUUCAUUUAGUUGAUGAUAAUCUAGAGAGAUUGACUGUUUCUAAAGUUGCUAGCUCUACAUCAGCAAAAGAAAAAAAAACGAAACAUAGUCUAAUUGAUUUAUCCGUUGAUUCAGAUGAAGAAAAUAUAAACAACGACAUCACGUUUCCAUAUCGUUUAGCCAUUGAAUCAGAUAACUCAUUAAAAAAUAAAAAGUUGAACGAGAAAGAAUUUUGUAAAGACAUUGACGACGAAAUAAAUAAGAUACUACAGAACAGUCCAGAUUUUCAUAAUCAAUGUGAAAGUAUGCUAGAUAAAUCAAAUAAGCAAAAGAAUCAAGAAAAAGUACAAGAAGACGUUAUUAAAGAAACGUCUAGUAAAAAUCACGGGCAGCGUGAAGUGAUAAAUUUAAGUCCAAUUUCUAUAAUUUCUAGUCCAGAAUUAUGUGAAAUGGAUAGAGAGGAAUUACGUGAAACCAAUGACGAUAGUUUACAUAAAUCGACAAACAAAAAUUUCAAUAGAUCAAAUAUGCUAAGCAACAAAAAGGGAGAUGGAUUUGAUACAAUUGACAACGAAUAUCUUGAGGACAUAGACUUUGAUGAUAAUUGGAUUACGAAGGAUCCUUCCUUGGAAAAUAAUGUUACAAGUAACUCACCUAAGUCGAGUAGCAAUAUUUCUAAGAGACCUCUAACUUCCUUAGAAAAAGUCGUUUCGCCCAGAUCAAGUUUAAAAUCACCAAAGAAUGUUAUGGAUCGAACUCCGCAAAUGUCAUCGCUAAUUUUUUCGCCUAUUUUGAGUCAAAAUAGGCGAAAGUCACGAACAACGACUAGCAAAAAAACUAAUGCCAACGUCACUGAUAGGGAAAAAAACCAAUCACCUAAGCAAUCAUCAAAACAUACUCGAAAGUUAAAAACCAAAUCAGCUUCAGCUACUAAUUUUUCUGAACCAACUGCAAAUAACAGCAAAAAAUAUAAUCUUCAGAGAUCUUCCUCAUUUGUGACUCCAGAACGAAACAAAAACUCGUCCCAAAAAGUUGGUAAACACGCUAAAGACAUGACGCCGCCCAUUGAUUAUAGCCAAUUGGGCACACCAGAAUUACAUAAAGAAUUAAAGAAAUACGGCUUGAAACCUCAAACUCGAAGCAGAGCUACAAUGCUGUUAACACAUAUUUAUAAUGAGACGCAUCGAGCAUCUAUGGCUCAAAAGAGAACUUCAAGCGAUAAUUCAUCAGAUUCUGAUGACGCACCACCACCUAAAAGACAGAAUUCAAAGAAAACGUGUAAAAAAAAUAUUUUAAAAAAGAAAAUUAAUUCUGAGGUAGCACAGUCUUCGCAAAACUGCCCUAUCAUAGCCGAAGAGAUGGACUACGAAGAAGCUGAUGCAGCUAAUUCCUUAGAUAAUCCUGUAAGUAUUAAAGAUGUUUUCACUAGACUGCUCAGAACUAAUAAGGAAUUGUACACUAAAGUUUUAACGUACGAGCCUUUGCCAUUGGAAUCGUUGCAUUUAAUGCUGAAACAAAACGGAUUUAAAUGUAAACAAAACACCCUCAUGGACUUCCUUGAUGAACAGUGCAUAACAUUCCAAGUUCAGAAUAGCAAAGGGAAUCGUAGGAAAAAAAGGGAAAGAAAAAAAUAACCGCCUAUGCUACUUUACUGCCCUACAGAUUCUACUUUCUUAUUAACUUUUCUACAAUCAAUAAUAUAAAAGUAUGUUUGUAGAUAUUGAAAAUACGCAGCGUAGAUUAUAUUUUUUUACACAAGUUGUAGUAGUUAAAAGUACGGCGCAAAAAUUGAGUAAUUCUAAGACAAAAAAUUUUUUAAAAUAUAAAAGAUUUAUUCAUUGUUUAUAAACCGUAAUAAAAGAUAAGUCAACAA